CCAAGUGCAAAACCAGAUAAUUUUUAUAUAAAGAAAGCCUCAAUUGCCUAAGAGAACAUAGCUAGCUUCUACGUAUUACAUCCAUCCAUUACGGGCUCUUUAAUUCCUCUAUGGCGCAAAUAAUUUCUCCUCCUCUGUAUGAAAGAAUUUCUAUUAAAAACCCAAUACAUAGAACUCUGGAUGUCGCUGUCCUCUUCCUUCUAUCUUCUCUGCUUGUUUAUCGUCUAUACUCUCUCGACAAACAUGGUUUUGCUUGGUUUCUUGCUCUCCUGUGCGAGUCAUGGUUUACUUUCAUUUGGUUUCUUACUGCCAAUGCAAAAUGGAAUCCUGUAAAGUACAAAACAUACCCAGAACACCUUUCUCAGAGGGUAGAAGAGUUUCUUCCUGCUGUGGAUAUGUUUGUUACAACUGCAGACCCCCUGCUAGAACCACCUAUAAUCACCAUGAAUACAGUAUUAUCUUUAUUAGCAGUUGAUUAUCCAGUCCAUAAGCUAGCAUGCUAUGUUUCAGAUGAUGGUUGUUCGCCUCUUACCUACUAUUCUCUUGUCGAAACAUCCAAGUUUGCUCAGCUUUGGGUUCCGUUUUGCAAGAAGUAUAAUAUUCAAGUCAGAGCUCCCUUCAGAUACUUCUCUAACGAGUCAAUGAUUUCUGCUCGUAAUUCACUGGAAUUCCAACAAGAAUGGAAAAUGUUGAAGGAUGAAUAUGAGAAGUUUAGCCGCAAAAUUCAAGAUGCAGCUGGAAAAUCUGUUCCAUGGGAUCUGAAUGAUGAUUUGGCUGUUUUCUCCAACAUCGACCGUCGAAACCAUCCUUCAAUAAUUAAGGUUAUAUGGGAGAAUAAAAAAGGCCUUUCAGAUGGGUUGCCUCAUUUAGUUUAUAUAUCAAGAGAGAAGAGGCUAAAGCAUGCACAUCACUACAAGGCAGGUGCAAUGAAUGUGCUAACCAGAGUUUCAGGAUUAGUGACGAAUGCUCCGUUCAUGUUGAACGUAGAUUGCGACAUGUACGUGAAUGAUCCACAGGUUGUUCGUCGCGCAAUGUGCUUCUUGCUAGGUUCCUCUAAUGAAAGGGAAUUUGCAUUUGUACAGUUCCCACAAGUGUUUUAUGACGAGCUAAAGGAUGAUCCUUUUGGCAGUACAUUAGCGGUUGUGUAUGAAUACAUGGGGCGUGGAAUAGCAGGACUUCAAGGACCUUUCUAUGGAGGAACAGGAUGUUUUCACAGGCGAAAAGUAAUCUAUGGUUUAUGUCCUGAUGAUGUAGGAACUGAAAAAAAUAAUGCGACUCCAGUUAGUAGUGACAAGGAACUGCUCAACAUAUUUGGGAACUCGAUGGAGUUCAUCAAAUCAGCGGCUCAAGCAUUGCAAGGAAAGACAACUAGUCCAAGAAACCUUUCCAAUUUGGUUGAGACUGAAUAUCAAGUUGCUGGUUGUGGUUAUGAGUAUGGCACUGCAUGGGGUACAGAGGUUGGGUGGCAAUAUGGGUCCACAACAGAAGAUGUCUUGACAGGCCUCAUGAUUCAUUCAAGAGGUUGGAGAUCUGCCUAUUGCACCCCAGAACCUCCAGCAUUUCUCGGAUGCUCACCGUCAUCUGGACCAACUUUAUUGACCCAACAGAAGAGAUGGGCGACAGGUUUGGUUGAGAUUUUGGUUUGCAGAAAGAGCCCCAUUGUUACUGCCAUCACUGCCAAGCUCCAAUUUCGGCAGUGUUUGGUCUAUUUGUUCAUCCUUACUUGGGGAUUACGUUCCAUCCCGGAACUUUGCUAUAUGUUAUUGCCAGCUUAUUGCAUCAUCUCUAACUCCAAUUUCCUGCCCAAGUUUAAUGAACCACCCAUAUAUGGUUAUAUUGCCCUCAUCAUAGUUUACAGUCUAUACACUAUAUUAGAAUACCUUCAAACUGGACUAUCAAUCCGUGCAUGGUGGAAUAAACAAAAGAUGGCAAGGGUAAUAACAACAAGUGCAUGGUUAAUUGGAGUCCUAAGUGUGGUAUUGAAGAUACUAGGAAUAUCAGAAACAGUUUUUGAAGUUACACAAAAAGACCAAUUGAAUGAUAAUGAUAGUGAUAGUAAUGUUUGUAAGUUCACCUUUGAUGAGUCGCCACUUUUUAUACCUGGGACAACCAUUUUGCUAAUAGAAUUGGCAGCACUUAUUAUGGGUUUCUUUUCUGGUGGGCUUCUUCAGUCGCAGAUUGGGGAGAUUUUAUGCAGCAUAUUGGUGGUUAUGUUCUUCUGGUUAUUUUUUAAAGGGCUGUUUAGGAAAGACAAAUAUGGAAUUCCAUUGCCAACAAUUUGUAAGUCAGUUGUGUUGGCUUCCUCUUUUGUAUAUUUUUGCAAGUGGCUAUCGUUGGAUUAAGAUUAUUUUAUGAUUACUCCGGUUGGUAAGAAGAGAAGAUCUCUUUCUCUUUUUUUCUUUUUUCUCAAUCUAGAAAUGUACUUAUAGAUAAACUAUUUUUAUAGUCUCAACUAGUGUUCAAACUUGCCCUAA